AAUAUUUUUUUCUAUAUACCACAUCGGUGGCAAACAAGCAUACGGCCCGCCUGAUGGUAAGCAGUCACCGUAGCCUAUGAACGCUUGCAACUCCAGAGGUGUUACAUGCGCGUUGCCGACCCUAACUCCGCCCUACCACCCAGCAAGUAACGGUGCAGCCGAAAAUGCUGUGCGAUCCGUAAAACGAGCCUUAAAAAAGGCAAACGUUGAAAACGAAGACGCAGAAACCGCCUUGAGUAGGUUUUUAUUCAGUUAUCGCAACACGGAGCACAGCACUACCGGACGAGAACCGGCGGUCGCGCUACUGGGGCGGCGGCUACGAGGACGCCUAGACCUGUUGCGGCCUGACGCUAGUGAAGUCGUGCGCAAACACCAGCUCGCCAGUGAGCAACGCCGAGCCUCGCGCCUACGCCAAGCUACCGUUGGAGAUCCGGUCAUUAUCAGAGAUUAUACGAAACAGAAUAGAAAAUGGACGGAAGGGAUUGUUAUAGACUGUCAGAGCCCCGUAUCGUAUUCUGUUAAAACAGGAGAUGGCCAGGUACACAAACGGCACAUUGACCAAAUGUUACAGGAUAAACGCAAGUCUCGGUUUUCUCUUACUAAAGUUCAGGAGCCUGUGGUGGCCGAUAAUGGGCAACGAGAAGUCAUCGCAAAAGAGAGCAUAGUGGAUGAAUGGCAGCUAGCAGAAGAGGAACCGGAGUCGCACUUGCCCGCUGUAAAAAGUCCAGUUCAAAACGCCGACUGUAAAAUGGGGCCCUCUUCGCCGCAGGAGGUCGAAGGUCGAACUAGGCGACAGGCCGCUCUGCGUUGCAUAGAAAAAUUACAAAAAAGUAAAUGAUCUAGCUACUUAAGUACUAAAUAUACACUCCGCAAAUAACUUCAAUACCUAAUAUGUAGUACCUAUUUCAUAAUAAUAUAUAAAGACAAAAAUGUUAGAUUGCAUAAGUGUGUCAACAUAACCUUGAACUUCAUUCAUAUUAUCUAUAAGGAAAAUCAUGUAAAAAGCAAUAACUUUUAGUACCUUAUGUCUUUGCAAUACGGUUUGCUAAUUGUCGGUGGACAGUGGGGACGAGGUACAGUUAGCAAGACAGCAUCUUUAAGUUAAGACUAUUGUGGUGAACUUUAUGUACAUCAAAUAUUUUGCAAAUCAUAAUAGAUAUGUAUAAUAAGUACAUGUUUGCGAUAUACAUAUAAUACUGUUUAUCUUUAUUAGCAGUGCCAUUUAAAUUUGUUAAAUUGAACAUGGCCUUAGGUAUAUGAACAUGUAGUUUCUUGUAGUUAAAAUUUCAUAACUAGUUUAGAUAUAAGAGAUUAUUGUCAAAUGAGAGGGAGGUGUUAUGUAGGGUAGACUUACAAGUAUGUCGGUAGUUGCACAUUUUGAAAAUAAACCAGUCUGCUAUGGA